CCCGGAAUCACAUGACCCGGACUUUGGAGCGGUGAAGUGAGCGCAUAGUCCUGUGUGUAUAUGUCUACUUUAGCCAAAGUCAUGUCCAAGUUCCGUCUGGCGGUGGUCCAGCUGCAGGUGAGCAGCGUCAAAGCAGACAACCUGAGCAGAGCCCGGAGGCUGGUGAGGGAGGCUGCAGGACAGGGCAGCAAAGUGGUGGCCAAUCAGAAGAAAGGAGAGGAGAGGCGCUGGUCUCAGGCAGAGGAUGGACUGAUGGGCUUCACCACAGACAACUCGUCAUCAUCCACAGGAUCCAUUCCCGAGGAGGAUGGUGGGAAGUUGUACAACACCUGUACAGUGUUUGGCUCUGAUGGAGAGAUGAUUCUUAAACACAGGAAGAUUCACUUGUUUGACAUCGACGUUCCCGGAAAAAUCCGCUUCCAGGAAUCUGAGACGCUGAGCCCGGGGAACAGUUUAUCGCUGUUUGACACACCGUUCUGCAAAGUGGGCGUUGGGAUCUGCUAUGACAUCAGGUUUGCGGAGCUCGCCCAGCUCUACAGCAGGAAGGGCUGUCAGCUGCUGGUUUACCCUGGAGCCUUCAACAUGACCACAGGCCCCGCCCACUGGGAGCUCCUGCAGAGGGGGAGGGCGCUUGAUAAUCAGGUGUAUGUGGCCACAGCAUCACCUGCCAGAGAUGAAGCCGCCUCCUACGUGGCCUGGGGUCACAGCACCGUCGUGAACCCGUGGUAAGAAAAUAAGGGCGUGAUAAGGCGGUUAAAGUUUUCAGAGGGACAACUUGAGGCAGAUGCAGACCUGCAGUAUUUGGCCGACAUCCGGCAGCAGAUCCCGAUCACAUCUCAGCGUCGGGACGACCUCUACGCGGUGACGUCAGUGCAGGAAGGCUCGAGCUGAACUCUGAACUCGGGUCCAGCUCUUCAAAUCGAGCAAAAAGGAUCCUGUAAAUUCUCAUCCACGUGAUUCUUGUUAAAGUAGAUUGAAGAGAGAAGCAGGAAGCAGCAGCUCGCUGUCUCACGGUCCACAGAGGAGGAAGACAUGAGAAUCAGCUGGACAGUCGCUGAUUGGCUGUUUUAAGAUUACUUGAAUGAAGAAACGUUGCAUUAAAAGCUGUGACUCUUGUAUCCAGAUCUGGUUAAAAUCUUUUUGAUGAGCAGUGACUCAUUUAUCAUCUCUGGUUACGCUUGUUUGUUUUCAGAGUUUUCUUUGUUUCUGAAUCAGUGCUGAAGAAUAAAAAACAAACAAAC